CCGAUUGAGAGUGCUAGGAGCUCAACCCAAACGCAUCAUAAAAGAGUUGAAUAUUCAAUCGAUCAUGAGGCACAAUUCAGCGUGCCAGAAACAGAGCGGCGUGUCCCAGUCGGUGCUUAUGGGAACCUUAAGGGGUCAGUUUCCCAAUAAUCCGGCGUUAAAGACUCACUUGUUGUGCAUGGGCGUGCGCAUGGGCUACAUGGACGGAAACGGAAAUUUUCGGGAGAAUGCAAUACGCAGAGAUUUAUCGUCUAGGUUUCCGCCAGCUAAAGUCGAUCGGCUAGUCAGGACGUGCUUAAUCCGGAGGAAUAGUCCGGAGCAAAGCGCGUAUGAAAGUAUACGGUGCAUAUCUACAAAUGCUUAGGUCGUAUAGCUUGUAGUUUUCGU